AGCUGGAUUUUUCUGUGGUUUUUGUCUUGUUUAUUUUCCGAUUUUUUUGUUAUUAAAUCAUUCACUGACGAGUACGACGAUAAGAAUAUCUAUUUAUAAUAUAUAAUAGUAUUGAAAAUAACAACAAAGCAAAUAAAGACUGGCUGGUGUGCGGUUUUAGAUAAAAACAAAUUGACACGUCGAUUGAAGCGAAAAGGGAGAUUUUGACCAGAAAAAUACGAACAAACCGUAUUGGUUCAACAAUGAUGGACCAGCAUGUGGUUCCCUCGUAUGAGGAGACCAUAACAGCUAUCGGCGGAAAAGAUGAAACUAAUUUCUUCAGUGACGAUUUUGGUUUGAUCGGGAAAAAUCAUUAUGGUCCCAGCGGGAAUUUUUUCCCAGGCGGUGAUGUCAUCAGUGGCCAACCAUGCAUGACGCCUAUGUUUCCAUCCAAACAUAUUGUGAACGCAACAGAUUCAGAUGCGUUUUAUCCCCAUGUUGGACAGGAUCAAUCUACAUUUCCACAGGAUCACGGACAGUCUAUUUUAGACAUCAUGGGUGAAGGACGAAGACAAUUGGAUUUAGACGAGGAGUCGUCUUUUCACGUAUCGCCUAUGAAGCCAGCAGAGAGGGUACCAUCAGGGGCAGGUUGUGGUCUAUCACCUACACUUGAUAAAUUGGCGAACAAAAUACAAAAUGCUAAUUUAGUCGAGGGAAGCCAACACAAUACUAUCACUGGUAGUGCAAAGAAACAUCGAAAGCCGAAGUUGAUGCUUCGCAUCCCAUCAAGAGACGACGCAGCACAAGAGGUUCCAACAGGACAAGAAUAUGGGAACGUCACGCCUUUCAGCUCCAGCGGCGCGGACACUCCGAUUGACGAUCAAAUGCCAAGUUUUGCCCCAGUACCUACAUCCAUUGCCAAACCCGUCGAAGAAGUUCCAAAAACUCCACUAUUUCCACUGGUGACUCCAGGCACAGGCGCCAAAAUUAAUGAUGCCAUUAAAGAUACAUUUGAAAAUUUUAAAACUAUCAUCAAGGCAAAGAAUAUGCCAAAAGAUCCAAGACAGUGGUCGUCCGAACACGUUAUCGAGUGGACAAGGUGGAUAACUGGUGAAUUCAGCAUCCCUUCUUUAAAUGAAGAAAACUUUAGGAUUCACGGUAGUUUACUAUGUGGACUUCGUAAAGAAAGAUUUCUGAAGCUUUGUCCACCGUUCGUUGGCGAAAUUUUAUUAGAACACCUGGAACAGCUUCAACGAGAAUGCGACAAAGAAGCCAGACUUGAUCGCGCGUCUGCCGACUUAUCUGAAACGAUAUCAGCAUCUCAGAAUUUGGAGUCCGAACAACAGAAGACUUUAAUCGAUAUUUCUCAUCCACAUUCCAAGAAUAUUACAAAUAAUAACAACGUCGGGGACAAAAAUCUUCCCCCGCCGCCACCACCGCGACCUAUUUCGGACGUUUACUCGUACAAUAACCCGAGAACAACCACGGACUAUUCACAAGGGCAUCAGAUGCCCUGUAAUUUCUCUGUAAAACAAGAGCCGGGUUUGGACGGACCGAUGCAUCUCCCGAGGUUCACAUCUUCACAGAGUUUUGACGAACCACGCAUGGGAGAAUACGGAAAUCCACAUCCUAACAAUAUCCAUUCACAGAGCUCUUCCGUGUUCCGACGUAGUUGCUCACAGGACGAGAGCAACAGGCCACCCCCCUAUUUGCCCCUUGUUAAGGAAGAACCUCGUACUGUCAUGGGUGCACAGUUCCACUCCGCGCCACAUCAUCUUCAAAACCCGCCCCCAGUACAAAGGCAAAUGUCCAUGCCAGUGACCGGUGCCCCAACGGAUCACACAGCUCACGGACCUCGUAGAUCGUCUGAACCUGUGAACGACCGUUAUCAUUCUUUCCCGACACCGAGUCCAGUUGGCAACGGUCCCCAGUUCUCUCCGGAUUUAUACUAUGUUAACUUGGCGUCGUAUCAUCAUCACCAGCAAAUGGAAUCACUCAAAAGACAAGAGAUGGCAAGAGAAAAGCUACACCAUAGCCUACACAACAAUGCCAUGAAACAGGAAAGGCGAAUGAUGGGUGAUGAAUGGGGCAUGCACCCCAAUCAUUCUUACCCUGGAGUAGAAAUGGAGAACCCUGCCUUCAGACACGGUAUGUUUCCACAUAGGACAGGGGAAUUUCCAAGCAAUCCAGUUAUACCAGGAGCCUUCCUCACUGGUUAUAACGGAAGCGGACCCAUUCAACUGUGGCAAUUUUUAAUCGAACUGUUGACAGACAAAUCUUGCCAACAUUUCAUAACAUGGACUGGUGACGGAUGGGAAUUCAAAAUGCUCGACCCAGACGAAGUAGCCAGACGUUGGGGCAGAAGAAAAAACAAACCCAAAAUGAAUUAUGAAAAAUUAUCAAGAGGAUUGAGAUAUUAUUACGAUAAAAACAUCAUUCAAAAGACGGCUGGAAGGCGUUACGUAUACCGGUUUGUAUGCGACCUGCAAAGUCUGCUCGGCUACUCACCGCAAGAACUUCACCGUAUGCUAGAUGUCAAACCAGAAGACAAAAUGUCGGGCGAUUAAAAUGCAGUUUUUAAAACGAAUUGAAAAUGUGGCGAAGAAGACCCGUUUUCUUUUGAUUUCGUUGUAAAGGAGAGUUUCAAUACGGUGCUCUGUGAAGACCGAGCCGAAAUGAAACGCUCGGAUCGGAAAUUUAAAAAUUAAAGGUUCCAUAAGGAUUGCAGUACAGCGGGAGUCGUCGUCUAUUCAUACAAAUUAAAAUCAUUCCGUUUAUGGUUAUUUCCAUUCAGAACUCUUUUUGCACACUUCAAUGUCAUUCCAUCCAUAGAAAAGACCAGAUACAUAUAAUGCGUGCAUGAAACUUGGCAAAGCUAUUCGCCCACGACCAAAACAGUCGAAUACUGCACGUGGGACAUGACUUCCCGUUUGGCAAUUACCUUUUAGGACUGGUGAAUGAAUUUUUUUUUUUUAUUCAUCCAAUUUUGCGUGCCAUGUCAUACACUGUUGUGAUAUGUAAAUUGGGAACUUGUAAUUUCAUUAAUAUAGUUAUUGGAUAGUACGACCGGAAAAGUUCCACAUAAAAUGUGUAUUUUCUGCAAAAUCAAUUUGUUUGCCACAGUAAUACACAUUAUUGGCUAUUAAUUUCUUCUUUCUUGCCAAGACUCUGCGUUCAAAAUUAUAGCCAAUUUUUUCCUGACUCUUACAGCCAAAACAUUUUGCUGAGAACCUCGGUUGCCAAUCAUAUUUUGACGUAAUCAAUCAUGUGACGGGAUGUUUUAUGUGUCAUUGUAAUGUGAAUUAUGAACCAAGAUGAUUAUGAUAUGCAUUAUAAGUUUCGUUUUUCAAUAUUCCUUUUUAAUCUUUUUAUCGUUAUUUUAUUGUUUUGAUAUAUUAUCGCCUUUUUGCUGUAUGCUGUACAAUUGUACAUAAUUUCAGAGUGCUGCUUUCCAUUUCUCGUUUUUUUUUAUUAUUUUCGUUUCCAAUUUUUAUUUGAUUUUUAGACGUAUUUGAAACGCACGAUCUCGUUUUAGCUUUCACAAUUGACUGUCACCAAUACACAUUUCAUGCCCUACCAAAAACAACCACGCAAAUAUGGAAUAAAGGAAAUUUGAUAUGGAAA